UAAAAGUGGGGAAAACCUUAUAUUAGAAGAAACUAACCAUUGAAUUGGCUUAGUACAUAUUUGAAAAUUGCAGGAACGAGUGAAAAACCGGGUAAACAAUUACGCGCACAAGAAGUGAGUUACGUGAACUAAGUGUGGAAAAGAGCGGUUAUUGAUUAAUGAAUAUAUCAAGUGGCAUUGCGGUAACCAACGGAGUAAUAUGAAAUCACAUAUUGUGUUGUUACCAGCGUAAAAAAAGUGUUCUAGUGAAGCUUCUGAUUCAUAUGAAAAUUUCGGCAAAAACACUUCCCACGCUACAAACUGCCUUCAAGAGUUCAAUGCAUACAUCCUUUCUUCAAUUCAAGAGUUGAAAAUCAAUGUUUUGGUACUACUUUGUAUGUUGCGUUGUAUUAUUUGUUAUAAUUUUAUACCGUGACUGUAAAAAGCCGGAAAACUUUCCACCUGGACCAAAAUGGUACCCUUUCAUUGGCAGUGCAUUGGAAAUAGCUAUUGUUCGUCAGAAAAAAGGCAUGUUAUGCAAAGCAAUAGAAUCAAUAGCAUCCCGUUACAAACACAAUGGCUUGAUCGGUUUCAAAUUUGGCAAAGACAAGACCGUGAUUGCCGUUUCUGGCGCUUCAUUACGUGAAAUGAUGAGUAACGAAUACUUAGAUGGCAGACCAACGGGAAUCUUCUAUGAAACGAGAACCUGGGGAUUGCGGAGGGGCGUUCUUUUAACUGACGAGGAGUUUUGGCAAGAACAAAGACGAUUCAUUGUACGUCAUUUGAAGGAAUUUGGAUUCGCCCGGAAAGGGAUGGCCGCCAUAAUCGAAAAUGAAGCAGUGUGUUUACGUGAAGAGUUUCACAAUUUGGUCAAUCAUGGAAAUGGAACUGCAAUCGUCCAGAUGCAGAGCGUAUUUUCGGUAUACAUCCUGAAUACGCUAUGGCUGAUGAUGGCUGGUAUAAGAUAUAAUAAGAAUAAUAAAGAUCUGAAAUGCCUUCAAGGUUUAUUGCAUGAGCUGUUCACGAAAAUUGAUAUGAUGGGAGCCCUUUUUAGUCACUUCCCAUUCCUGCGAUUCAUCGCUCCCGAAUUCUCUGGUUAUAAACAAUUUGUCGAAAUACACGAACAUAUGCAUAAAUUUGUGGGGAAAGAGGUAGAAAAUCACAAAAAGACAUUCAAUAUCAAUGAUGAACCAAGAGAUUUAAUGGACGUGUAUCUGAAAAUACUGCAGUCAGAUCAACCGAAAGGAGAAAGUUUUUCUCAAGAGCAACUAUUAGCUGUUUGCCUCGACAUGUUUAUAGCCGGAUCGGAAACAACUACCAAAACCCUUGGUUUCGCAUUCCUUUAUCUAAUAAGACAACCUGGAACGCAAAGGAAGGUACAAACUGAAAUAGAUGAAGUAAUUGGCCGAGAUCGUUGCCCAACUUUAGAAGACCGAACAAGCAUGCCGUUUACUGAAGCCGUGGUUCUCGAAGCCCUGCGCAUGUUCAUGUCAAAUACUUUCGGUAUUCCUCAUCGAGCGCUGCGUAACACCAAAUUAUGUGGAUACGACAUCCCCAAAGAUACAAUGCUAGUGGGAAUGUUUCGCGGAAUGAUGUUAAAUGAGUGGGACGAUCCCCAUACAUUUAAGCCCGAGCGUUUUCUCAAGGACGGAAAAAUUAUAACACCACCCCAUUUCCAACCAUUCGGCGUAGGUAGACACCGUUGCAUGGGAGAGAUGAUGGGCAGAGCGAAUCUUUUCCUGUUCAUUACCAUACUGUUGCAAUCGUUCUAUUUUCUCGUCCCGGAAGGUGAUCCAAUACCAUUAGACGAACCUAUAGAUGGAGCAACACCGAGUGUGCGACAAUACGCUGCUCUUGUAGUCCCUAGAUGCGCUUCGUAAUAUAAGUUAUCUG